AUGGAAAUUUGUGGAAGAAUUUGGAGAAUGAUGAAAAUAAGGAAGGCUUAUUUUGCUGUCGUGUUCCUGCAGGCUUCAAUUGCAGUUAUGUACACCAUUGUCGCUAUUUCUCUUAAGCAUGGCCUUAACCAUUUUGUGUUUUCUGUCUAUCGCCAUGCUGUCGCCACCGUCAUUCUUGCCCCUUUCGCUCUCAUUCUCGAAAGGAAAACGAGACCUCGAAUGACAUUGCCCGUCUUCUGGCGAAUUUUGUUGCUCGGUUUUCUAGAGCCCGUUCUCGACCAGAAUUUAUACUAUUUGGGAAUGAAGUACACAUCGUCAACAUUUGCGUCGGCCGCCAUCAACAUCCUUCCAGCCAUAACCUUCAUCCUGGCCGUCAUUUUCAGGCUGGAGAUCGUCAACCUAAAGAAAAAACAUGGCUUAGCGAAGAUAGCCGGAACUGUAAUAGCGAUCACCGGAGCCAUGGUUAUGAGCCUGUACAAAGGGCCGGCUUUCAACUUCCUUCCGAGCACUGGCCGUAGCGAAAUGAGCCACACCGAACCGGCGACAGACCGGCACUGGGUCUCCGGCAGCAUCUUCGUCUUUAUCAGUUGCUUCUGCGCGUCCGCCUUUUAUAUCUUACAGUCCAUGACAUUGACAAUGUACCCUGCCGGGAUUUCGCUGGCAGCUUUGAUAUGCCUGACCGGAACGGUGGAAGGCGGCGCCGUCACCCUCGCCGCCGAACGUAACAUGAUGGUCUGGAUUGUCGGCUGGGAUUCCAGACUUCUGGCCAUCCUUUACUCCGGAAUAGUAUGCUCUGGAAUUGCAUAUUACGUUCAAGGAGUAGUGAUGAAGGAACGCGGCCCGGUUUUUGUGACGUCAUUCAGCCCUCUCUGUACGGUCAUCACGGCGGCGCUCAGCUCCAUUUUCUUGGCCGACAAAGUUCAUGUCGGAAGUUUGAUUGGGGCGGCGAUCGUGAUGUUUGGAUUGUAUACUUUGAUUUGGGGCACGAGGAUAGAUUUUGAAACCUCAAAACAAUCUAAUCACGUCACCCAAUUGCCGAUCACCGGUGAUGUUGCCGGGAAGACGGCGGACGGUCCCGCCAAGCCUCCAGUUGUGUAG